AUCUUAGGGAGUUUUCGGUUCACCUAGUAAAGGUAAGUCCUUGUCCUUGUCUUAUUAAUAAUGCACACAACCAUUAAGAACGUUCUUGAAUGACUGCGACAAACCAGUUUAGUUGUGUACAAGAAUUGCUCGAGUAAAGGUGGUUUUGAUGUACGUGUACGGCAUAGACAUUUGCCCAAUAAUCAAGGCCCUAAUAGCAUUAGCCCUAGUAGGAUUCCUAACGGUGGUAGCCCUAGUGAAGUUCUAUAACGUGGUCACUUGCGGCUAUUUCAAGUCCAGAGUGAAAAUGGAUGGAAAAACGGUGAUAGUUACCGGUGCCAGUGGCGGUAUAGGCAAAGAAACCGUGAGGGAAUUGGCCAAAAGGGGUGCCAGAGUGAUAUUGGCUUGCAGAAACUUGGAUAAGGCCCAGAAGGUUAGAGACGAGAUUGCCGAGGAGACCAAAAACGAGUCGUUAAUAGUGAAAAAACUCGAUUUAUCCUCCCUAAAAUCCGUAAGGGAGUUCGCCGAAGACAUUUUACAAAGUGAGCAACGUUUGGACGUGCUGAUCCAUAAUGCCGGAACGGCCGAGAAGAAAUUAAUAAAAACUGAAGACGGACUGGAACUCACCAUGGCCACCAACCAUUUCGGACCAUUCCUGCUCACCCACUUACUUAUCGACCUCCUAAAACGCUCCGCUCCAGCUCGUAUAGUCGUGGUGGCCUCCUCACUUUACCAACUCACUUCCCUGGACUUAAACAAUAUUAACCCGAGCAGCUCAUGGUUCCCUCCAUGGAUCUAUUACCCAUCGAAGUAUGCCAACAUUUGUUUUACCCUGGAAUUAGCCAGGAGACUGGAGGGUACCGGGGUAACCGCCAACUGUUUACAUCCAGGUUUAAUUGACAGCGGGAUUUGGAGGAAUGUCCCGGUACCACUGAACUGGCCCACCAAUUUAAUCGCUAAAUGUUUCUUCAAGACCCCCCAGCAAGGUUGCCAAACGACUGUUAUGCUCGCGUGUUCCGAUGAACUCAAGGAAGUAACUGGGAAAUAUUUCAUGGAUUGUAAAGAGCACACACUUAAUAGGGGUGUCAGUGACGUGUCUAAGGCCAAAAAACUAUGGGAACUAUCCGAGGAACUCGUUAAACUUAAGCCUACUGACCCGAAGAUUUAAACUUAUACGUAAAUAAAAAUUUUACUUUUCAA